AUGAUUUACAAUCCAGAUGCCCAUCACAUAGAAGGAAUUGAGACUGCCGCCGCCGCAUCUCAUGCCCCUGUGAACCCGGCAAAGCUCGGAGACUUCAGCAGAUUGUACGCCGAGCUCCUCGACUCUCCCACCCUCGCCUUCUCGUCGUCGGAAGCAAGCGACUACUACGACGAUGACUCUUCGCCCGCCCUAAAGGCCACCAGCCUGUCGUCGGCUGCGUCCGACCGUAUCCCUGACCAAUCGCUCGAUGACGCCACCCUGACUCGGUAUCCCAACGAUGCCUCUACCAAACGAUCCCGCGCGAGCGCCGUCACCCAUGGCUCUCCGCGGGAGAUCAAGCACGCUAUUCCAGUGAAGGCCGGUGGCCAUUCCGGAAUAGCAUCCUCUCCGCCGUCUCAUCGGCGCUGUACUUGCAUUCGGGGGCUUCGGACGGUCCAGCAGCCACUCUCGUUGGCUACGCCUCCCCCGGAGUGCCCCGAGUGCUCGCCGUCGGCUACCACCACGCACCGUUCUCGGGCUGUGACCAACAAGCCGCGAGAAAAGCUUCGUCUGAAAGAAGACAAGCACGGAGCGCUCAUGAUGGGCCUCAUCCCAUAUCGGGUUCGAGACGCCGCCAUAGCUGAAAAGCACCCCGAAAUCACGUCGCAAGGCGUACAUGUCUUCGUCGACAUGUCCAAUAUCGACAUUGGGUUUCAGAGCACGCUGAAGGAGGCUCGGCAUCUGGACGACCGUGCUCGUCUAUCGCCGUUGCCUCACCUGAACCUGCAGUUCCUGACCAAAAUCCUUGUUCGGGAUCGGCAGGUGGUCGCCCUUAAUGUGGGCUGUUCUACCGUCCCGGGUCGUUCGGAGCCUCGCUACGUGCAGCAGCUGCGAGACCUGGGGUAUCAAAUCGAUCUUAGGGAGCGUAAGAGGGUCGUCGAAGUCGGACUGCCCUCAGCCGGCGCGCCCGACACUCUACGCUAUGUGGAGGACCUUGUGGACGAGACUCUGCAAGUCCGCAUUGCCGAGUCCGUCAUGGAAUAUUUCCGUACGCCGGGAACCAUUGUACUCGCUACAGGGGAUGCCAAGCCAUCUCCGCACUCGGAUGGAUUCUUUUCAUGCGUGCAAAGAGCCCUCAAGAUGGGCUGGAACGUCGAGGUUGUCUCCUGGCGAGGCAACCUCUCACUCAGAUGGAUUGAUAAGCAGUGGAUGUCUCAAUGGCGUGACAGGUUUCGCGUUAUCGAACUAGACGACUUUCUAGAAGUUUUGAAAUAA